CAGGCUUUUCCGUACGUUUGCUUAAAAUUGUGUACAAUAUUCUGUGGCAAGAGACAUUCACUACAUGUGGUACAGACAAAGAAGUGGAAGUGUGUGCAUUGAUACUAAUGAAAUUUGACGUUUUACGAAUAUGUAAAUACUGACUUAACCUGAUCUUGCUUUAAAAUCUAGUUCUACAAGUAUGUCGCUUGUUCCAUUAGAUUACGUGGACACACACAGACGUUUUUUACAAAUAUUAAUGAGACGCCGCAUGAUUCUGUAUGACGAAGCUUUCGAUGUGUUCUGCAAGAUACAGCAGUGUAAGACAUGUUAGAUUAUUCCUGUGAAUGAAGAAAAUGCAGCAAAUUCUCACCAUAGAGAAAUGGAACAGGCAGUCUCACUUAUCAACAGAGUCAUCAAGAGAUUCAAUAUGGAGAUCCAAUGUGCACAAGAUGAAAUUACAAGUGAAAAAUGUUAUCUUUUUAUCAGCACAGUGGAAAAUAAUAUUACAGGGAAGUAUACCAAGUAUUCUGCAGUAGAACUGGAAUUUUUUAAGAAAGUUCUUUUUGAGAUUGUGAGUUCUGAAAAUGGCCAUGUGUCAUCUACAGUGUGUCUCAAUUUGAAUUCCUCUUUACCAGGGAACAUGACUAAAUCUGACAUUGAAGCACUUAUUGAGAAGUUCUGCGAAGAUCUGUGGCUGUCUCAGAAGAAUGGGAAAGUCUACCUAAGUCUCCUGAGCAUUGUGGAGUUAGAACCCCUCCUAACUACAGCCUAUGAAGAUUCUGUCAAUAUCUGUUGCCUCUGCAAACAUCUUGUCAUACAGGGUUACAGGUGUGACAAAUGUUUUGCAUUGUUGCAUUUGCAUUGUGCUCGUCUAUACACCGAAGGGGCAAAUAGAAACACUUGUCCCGCCUGCAGUGCAGAUCAGCCAAAUAUACUGGCGGCUGUUGAAAAUACUUCUCUGCACACUGAAGAUGAUUUCAGCACACCUACAUCUCAUGGUUAAUUCGCUGUAACAUGGCAUGCAAGAAAAGGAAUUUGUGAUUUGAAAUAAAUGUACAACAUAUAAAACUUAUUUGAGUCUUGUUACAGAAGCAUUUAAAAGUAUUUACAUGUAUGAAUGAAAUACGUACAAAAAUGUCUAAUUUUUAAAGAUAAUUGCAUGAACAUUAUGUAAAGUGUUUUACGCACAAAAUAUCUCCCAUCUUUUCUUUAUAUUCAAAAACAUGUAGACAUUUUGGUUCCUAACCUUUAACCGUUGUGUUGUCUGGCUCUCGCAUAGUUAUUAAUCAGAUUUCUAAAAAUGUAAAUCAAACUUAAGGAAUGUAACUAGUGUAGUAAAGCAAUUAGAACUUUUCGUAGAAGA